AUGCCUGAUCCAGCGAAGUCGGCUCCCGCUCCCAAGAAGGGCUCUAAGAAAGCUGUUACGAAAGUGCAGAAGAAGGACGGCAAGAAGCGCAAGCGUAGCCGUAAGGAGAGCUAUUCCGUCUAUGUGUAUAAGGUGUUGAAACAGGUUCACCCGGACACCGGCAUCUCGUCCAAGGCCAUGGGCAUCAUGAACUCGUUCGUCAACGACAUCUUCGAGCGCAUCGCCGGUGAAGCCUCUCGCCUGGCGCAUUACAACAAGCGCUCGACCAUCACGUCCCGGGAGAUCCAGACGGCCGUGCGUCUGCUGCUGCCCGGCGAGCUGGCCAAGCAUGCCGUGUCCGAGGGCACCAAGGCUGUCACCAAAUACACCAGCUCGAAAGACAGAGCGUGAGCAGAGGAGGCGCAGAGAGACAGAGAGGGAGACACAGAAUCUGAA